AAUAAAAUGAUGGUUAAAGUUUAUUUAAAUGACAUCACUUCCGUAUACACAAAUCAAAGUAUGAACAGAUGAAUGAACGUGGGACAAAGAUUAGAAAUGAGCAGUGAAAUAAAACAUCAGUAUUUAUAAAAAAUAGACAAAUGUAAUAAAAAGUAUUUUAAAUAUUUAAUGUAGACCUAUCUAACAAACAAACAGCACAAGACAACAACACAAACAAAUUAAACAGAUUGGGCUUUUUAAUCCAUGUCAGACUUUACCUUCAAUUAAAAUAUGAUUUCAUGUUUAUAUGUGAGUAAUGGAUACUCAGAGAUAUUACGGACUGUGUUAUUUAAUUUUAAGAAUAUAAAGAGGGGAGGAAAUACACGUUUAUUUAUGUCACCAAUAAAAUAUGAACAGACUUCUGAAUGACUGAAGCUACAGCGCCACCCAGAGGACAAGUGAUCACACAGCAGCCUGCCUCCUGUACAAACUGAAGAGGUGAUAAAGGGCUUUAAAACACCUUUUUAAUGAUAUUAACAAAUAUAAAUUAAAUCCAAUAUUUUAUUUAGAAGUGCCUCAAUACAGUGUGGGCUUCAAACUCUUUUAUUUUUUAUUUAAAAAAUCAACAAUAUGUUUAGCUUUGGCAUCAAAUCCUGUUUUUAUAGCCAUUACAUGUCAGUAAAGUUAUUCUGAUGAGAAUCAGUGACGUAGGAAGAGAGAGAGAUGUGUGGAUAUUCAGCUCCGUUUUGGUGCAGAGGGAGAGGGACGCGCCGUCGCAGCGUAAUGACGUCAUGUUGCCGUAGAAACGGCUGAGCGUCGACUUCCCCCUGAUUGCUAAAAGCUAACCGAACGAGCUCGUAAAUGUCACUUUUUGUAGUUUUUUUAGAGUUUUUAAUUUGACUUUUACGCGUUAACGAGUCAUCAUGACGGUUAAGUAGCCGGUUAGCUUUAUUUUCACACAGCUGUCUUGGAGCUAACUGUGUUUCCUCGGAGUGUACAUGCUAACGUUAGCGCUAACAGGUGUUACACAGACAUUUGUGACCCGUUAGAAUCGGUGACGCCAGAGGAAAGAGACUCUCAUCGACAGGUGAGGUGAGACUCUCAUCGACAGGUGAGGUGAGACUCUCAUCGACAGGUGAGGUGAGACUCUCAUCGACAGGUGAGGUGACACUGUUCUGCACCUUCUAGUGACUUCUUCUUGUAUUAACUGUAAAUGAACAGUUUGUAAGUUGAUUUUAAAUAUCUCAGAUUGAGGUAACAGUUCCUAAAGGUGAGUAAGUGACCCGGAUGUGCUGUGAUAAAAUAACCCUUGUGUUUGUGUUACAGAGAGGAUGGAGCAGGUGGAGGUGCAGCAGGAGGAGCAGGAGCAGGAGGAGGUGGAGCAGGAGGAGGUGCAGCAGGAGGAGGUGCAGCAGGUGGAGGUGUUGGAGCUGAAGAGUGAGCUGGAGGAUGAAGAGUUGAACGUGGAGCAGAGAGUCAUGGUGUUGAACAGCAGACUGAACAAGGUUUUGAACAUGGCGGCGGUGCAGACCGACAGCAGCGUGUUGACUCGUGUGAAGUCUCAGCUGUAUCUGAGCGGCGUUCUGAGUCAAUGCGUCCUCGCUCUGAGUCAAGAUCCCAGGAAGCUGCGGGGCAGCUGGGGCGCCGUCACCGCGCUGGCUCAGAUCACCAGCUCCUGUUGUGUGGGGGUGGAACCUGGAAAACGCUCAGAGGCUUUUCAUAGGCUGUUCCUGCCCUCAGUCAUGGACGGCCUCCUGUCAUUGGCCGGUCACCUGAUGAGGCGAGCAGAGUGUGUGUCUCUGUUGAAGAAGCUGAUGGACUCAGUGGGUUGGUUGCUCAGAGCUCACAGUCGUCUCACAGUUCAGGUCCUUAGCUCCGCCCACUAUGAGAGAAUCCAGAUGUGUGAUGAUGUCACCGUGUCUCUGCUCUGUGUGCAGCUGUGGAUCCAAACCUGCUCAUCCAGGGACUUUCUCUCCGGGUUGAGCGACGACUCCAUCCUCCUGCUGCUCAACGAGGUCGUUGGCCAAUUAGCCGUCAGCUCUGACCCUGCGGUGGGCGGGGCGUCCGUCAGACUGAUCCUCCUCAUGGCCAGUCAGCAGGAGCAGCGAGUCUGGCCCCUCCUCCUCAGUUUCAGAGGUCUGGACAGCCUAUUGGACAAAGACUGGAGGGGGCGGGGCUUUGACCAAGAUGUGGAUCAGCUGAUUGGUCUCAUUCAAUCAGACAGAGGAUCAAGGAGUCACUCUCAGGUGGAAACUGAGCGUGUGCGAGCGGCGUGUGUGAUCCAGGCGGCCUGGAGGUCGUACAAGACGAGACGCAGAGUGAAGAGCCUCAACAGAGCUGUGAGCACGCUGCAGAGGAGAUACAGGGCUCGGAGGAGACAGCAGCAGCAGCAGAGGGAGGCCCAGCAGUGGGAAGAGGAGUUGAAGUAUCAGGUUUGUUUACGACGUCAGCAGGCCAGAAGGAAAUUUCACCAGAAACAGAGACAACUGCUGCAGCUGCUGCCUGCAGACCAGGUGCAGCCGUACCUGCAGGAGUGUGAGCGUCGUGCGGCCGUGGUGAUCCAGACAUUCUGGAGAGGCUUCAGAGAGCGAAGACACUUCAACAACACACUCCGACACACACUGACAAACAUGCACACACGGACGAAGGCAGCCAGGACACUGCAGAGAGGGGUUCGUCGCUUUCUGCAGAAACGACGAGCAGCUAAGGCCCCGCCCAUCCCGCCUUUCUGGAUUGGUCGUAAUGGUUUGACUGACAGCAGGAGAGUGGAGCUUAAGAGACAGGUGGAGGAGUACAUCUCUCUUCAUCCGUCGUCUCGUGUGUCUCCUCAGGAGUGUGAGCGUCUCCAUGAGGAGGUGCAGCUGCUGAUUGUGUCGGAGCUGCGGCGGGGGAAGCAGCAGAGGAGGGAGGAGGAGCGGAUGGAGGCUCUGCUGGCUCACACACACACACAGCUGGAGCUGCUCAGAGAUGCCCCGCCCCUCUCUGCUGUCACGGCGACUGAUGCAGAGUCCUUCCUCAGCCCGUCAGGUCCCAUCGCCACUCGCGCCCGUGACGCCCACAAUGCAACGCUACAGGCGAGCAGGCUGCCCUGGUGGAGGACGCUCGUAGACACCACUGCUGAGGACAUGUUUAGCCCCGCCCACCUGCAGGAGCUGGAGGCGGAGUUUGGAGGACUGUUUGUGGGAGGCUCAGCGGGAGUCGUGAAACUCUGAGGUGGACAGACUGAACGUUUGAGUGACUGAUCUGAGUUCAGUUCAAGGUUCAAAACCGGAUGUUGUUGAAGGAUGCAGACGGUCCCACCGCUGGUCGCUGUGAACGUGAGCAUCAGAACUGCACAUGUUUGACACUUUGUUGAACCUGUCAGGUAUAUCAGAGCUCAUGUGGCUCUUAAGAUCGUCUCUGAAAUGUUUCCGUCCUGUGACUUCAAACUUUUAUUGUAGAACAUUUGAUGCAGAGACGAGAACUCUGAGGUUUAGAACCAGCAGCUGAUUGGACGCUGGUUCCUAUGUUUGAAUAAUCUAACAGUGCUAAUGUAUUAAUAAUAAAGUAAUUAGUUUAAUAACAAAGCCCUAUAACUACCU